AUGUCUUACAACAACGACUCCGAUAGCUAUGGUAGCCGCAACCAGAGCUCCGGCUAUGGCGACAACGACAGCUAUGGCAGCGGAAACAAGUCUGGUUCCGGCCGCAACAAUGAUAGCUAUGGAAGCAGCAAUGACAACAGCUACGGCGGCGGAAGCAACAACAGCUCCUACGGUAGCAACGAUGACAGCUACGGAAGUGGCAACAAGUCUAGCUCCGGCCGUGACAACGAUAGUUAUGGAAGCAGCAACAACGACAGCUAUGGUAGCAAGAAGGACUCGUCUAGCUACGGAGGCAACAACGAUAGCUAUGGCAGCGGAAACAAUGACAGUUAUGGAAACAAAUCUAGCUCCGGUCGUGAUAACGACAGCUAUGGCAGCAACAAGAACUCAUCCAGCUACGGAGACAACAACGACAGCUACGGCAGCGGAAACAAGUCCAGCUCCGGUCGUGACAACGACAACAGCUAUGGCAGCGGAAACUCUAGCCGUGACAACGAUAGCUAUGGCAGUGGCAACAAGUCUAGCUCCGGUCGCAACAAUGAUAGCUACGGCAGCAGCAAUGACAACAGCUAUGGCAGUGGUAACACCAACACCUUUGGCAGCAACGACGACAGUUACGGAAGCAAGUCCAGCUCUGGCCGUAACCAAGACAGCUACGGUAGCAACAAGAGCAGCAAUGACACCUACGGUGACUCCAGCUACGGCAGUGGAAACAACUCCAGCUCUGGCCGUAACAACGACACCUAUGGCAGCAGCAACGACAACAGUUACGGAAGCAGCCGUCGUGAUGACAACUAUUAG